CAUUAUUAUAACAUUACUAGCUGUACCGGUCCGCUUCGCUGGGCAUUUUAAAUUAACAUUAUUAUUUCUCACCCCCACAAAGAUUCUCAUCAUUAAAGCCCCCGCAACUGGCUUAGGGAGUCCAAUACUCAUAUAAAUAUUAGCCUAUCCAUUAACAUUUUAAUAGACGAACAUAAUUAAUUAGCAAUCAACGCUAACAUUAUAAUAAAGAUAAAUCGUCAUCGUCAUCGUGUUUAAAAACAAAAUACAAAAUAAUCAGUAACAGUUUUGUUAUUGUAGUGUAAAUAUGAAAGCGGCGAAUAAAAGUCUUGUUUUCGGAUUGAUUCUUAUUUGUUCAGUUGUCGGCCAACAGUUUCGAUAUGACUAUACGUACUUCAGGAAUAUCAACGGGUGGUUGAAGCUUCAGGAGAUUCCAGCUAUUUGGCAAGAGGCUCGAUUAAGAUGUCAUUUGGAAGGAUCUGUAUUGGCUUCACCUCUGGACGCUGCUUUAAAAAGCAGCAUGCUGUCUUUGAUAACAAAUAAGAAGAGUUCGUGUGGCAUCUACACUGGUAUUCAUGCGUUAUUCUCGAGAGGAGACUUCCGUUCAAUUGAAGGAGUUCUACUGGCAAAAAUUCCUCAUGAUUGGGCCGAUUAUGAACCAGAUAAUGCUGGAGGUGACGAAAAUUGUAUCCUGAUGUAUCCUGAUGGAAGCUUCGCCGAUGUUAAUUGCACUGAUACGUUCCAGUACGUUUGCUAUAAGAAAAAGACUUCAACUGUUGCUAUGUCUUCCUGUGGCAGUGUAGACAGUGAAUAUACUCUCAGCAAAGAGACGGGAAAUUGUUACAAAUUUCAUAAAGUUCCUCGCACGUGGUCGCGCGCCUACAUGACCUGCUUAGCCGAGGGAGGAUACCUGACGAUUAUCAACAGCCAACAAGAGGCUACGUUCCUUAAGGAACUUUUCGCGAAGAACCCUGCCUCUCAUAUGGUUGGAAGAUUCUGGAAAGAUAUCGCUUUCAUUGGCUUACACGACUGGAAUGAGCACGGAGAAUGGUUGACUAUUAAUGGUGAGACAUUACAAGAGGCCGGCUACGACAAGUGGUCUGCCGGUGAACCGAAUAAUUCGACUGGCGGUGAAUACUGCGGCUCAAUAUAUCGUUCGGCGCUGAUCAACGACCUUUGGUGUGGAAGACCAGCACCGUUUAUCUGCGAGAAGGAACCUCGCAGCUUACUCCGAGAGCACGACGACAAAUGAGUGAUACUAAUUCCGAGUUAACAUUUCGAGUUAGUUGCAAGGAUCAAAACAAUGAAAUGAUGUUAUUUAUUUACGAAAAAUUAAACGUAUUAAAUAGGUA